AUGGGCUCUCUGCCAAAGACAGCCAAGGAAUUUGACGUCCUCAUUAUGGGCGCUGGCCUUUCUGGUCUAUGCACUCUGUACCACCUUCGAAAACGCUUCCCCGAUUGGCGUAUCAAUAUCCUCGAUGCUGCCCCCGAUGUGGGUGGUACGUGGUACUGGAACUCGUAUCCAGGCUGUCGUUUCGAUUCUGAAUCGCUUUCUUACUGCUUUUCUUUCGACAAAGAGCUUCUCGAUGAGUGGCACUGGAAAGAGGCAUUUUCUCCUCAACCAGAGACACACAGGUAUAUCAAGUACUUUGCCGGGAAACACAACCUUUAUAAGGACAUCAAACUCAACACCAUAGUCACCAAAGCUACAUGGCAUGAGUCAGAACACACUUGGACUUUUAUCGACGAGGCUGGUUACGAAUACGUUUCAACCUUUUUCGUCAGUGGUAUGGGCUUCUUGUCUGCGCCGACUCUGCCUGCGAUUGAGGGUAUUGAAGACUUCAAGGGCAGACUGUUCCACACUUCUCGUUGGCCUAGGGAUCUCGAUAUCGAUCGCAAUUUCGCUGGCAAGAAGGUCGGCGUUAUUGGUACAGGCGCAACCGGUAUCCAGAUCAUCACCUCUCUGUCAAAGGACCCCAGCAUUGAUUCAAUUAAUGUAUUUCAACGCACAGCCAAUUGGUCCGCGCCACUACGCAACUCCGAGAUCACUCUAGAAGACAUGGAAGAGCACAAGAAGAACUUUGACAACAUCUUCAAAACCUGUUCUGAAAGCUCUUCUGGCUUUAUGCACAAGGGUGAUCCUCGCAAGUCACUUGAAGUUACGGAGGAAGAACGAGUGGCUUUGUGGGAGAAGCUUUAUAGUGAACCUGGAUUUGGUAAGUGGUUGAGCGUCUUUUCGGAUACAUACACCGAUCGCUACGCAAACAGCCUGUAUUCCAACUUCAUGGCCGACAAGAUCCGACAGCGCGUGAACGAUCCCGCUGUUGCAGAGAGUUUGAUUCCAAAGAGCCAUGGCUUUGGAACUCGACGAGUACCUCUUGAGAGUGGUUACUUUGAGGCGUACAACAAGUCCAACGUUCAUCUCGUAGACUUACACAAAACACCGAUCGAGCGCGUCACCGCAUCUGGGAUUCUGACGUCUGAUGGGAAGGAACACAAGAUCGAUAUCCUGAUCUGUGCCACAGGCUUCAAUGCAAUCACCGGUGCUUUCAGUGCUAUCGAGUGGCAUGGGAAGAACGAACGUACACUUAUCGCAACUAGCGAUAGUCCCAACGCCGACAAAGCGAUUUGGCUUGAUCACCGUCCUCGGACGUUCCUUGGACUCACGGUACCUUCCAUGCCAAACAUGUUCAUGGUUCUCGGCCCUCAUCAACCUUUUGGGAACGCUACUCGAAACAUUGAGUAUGCCGUCCAAGCCAUCUCGGACUUACUGCAAUAUUGCAAAGAUCAUGGAUACACUUCUGUUGAACCCACAGAGAAGUCUGUUGAGGAGUGGACUGAACAUGUGGUCAAGUGCAGUGAGAGCCAAACCCUGAUGAAUGAGAUAGAUAGUUGGAUGACGGGUGUCAAUAAGAAUGUCAAAGGGAAGAUUGUCAGAAGUGUGGCGCGUUAUAGUGGUAACAUCACCGAGUAUCGUCGACGAUGUGAGGAAGUGAAGAAGAUGGGCUACAAAGAACUUGUGUUUUCUUAG